AUGGCUCGCCAUCGAGUCCCAGGGGCUUCGCCCUCCGCUCUCCUCUUCUACACGUUGUUUCUCGCAAGCACUUCCACGGCACACGAACACCACAUGGGCAACAGCAAGAUUGUCGCCGGAGACACCGUGUCUCCGGACCCCAUCGAUACGGUACUAUGGAUCCACAUCUUCAUCCAGAUGUUUGCCUACGGCGUCAUCUUCCCCGUCGGGAUGAUACUGGGCAUUACCAAAUCGCGUUGGCACGUCCCGACACAAAUAUUCGGUUCUUCUCUCGCCCUCCUCGGCUUUUUCCUCGGCCAUCUCCAUGGCGGCCGUGAAUUCGUCGGCGGCAACGUCCACUCUGGCUUCGCCAACAUCCUGCAGCUGCUCCUCGUCGCCCAGGUCGUCCUGGGGCUCUACCUCAAGGGCCACUGGGAGAGAGGGGUCAAUGGCAGGAUCCGCAAGCUCAUCCGCCCGUGCCACUCCAUCAUCGGCAAAGCCAUGCCCGUUCUUUCCUGGACCCAGAUGAUCUUUGGCGGAAUCACCACCCUCGGCUUCUGCCAGGGCGAUCACCUGGGGCAGUGCCUGGCCCACUUCAUCAUGGGCAGUGCCUUUGUCGCCUACGCCGUCCUCUUGACCAUCAUCCUCGUCGUCGGCCAGGUCUGGAUGCGGCGCUCUGGGCGCUCGCAGGAAUUCUUCGACAGUGCCGUCAUCGCCGCCUGGGGCUGCGUCAACACUUUUACCGAGCACCGCUGGGGCACGGCCUGGGUCAAGAACGACUGGCAGCAUACCACCAUGGGCAUCAUCUGGUGGUGUGCGGGCUUGGCCGGCAUAUUCCUCAGCAGGGACCGCGAUGGGAACCCGAAGCGCAACUUUGUUCCAGGAUUUGUCAUCUUCAUGACUGGCUGGGCCAUGUCGGCGCACCCUCAGGAGCUCAUGGUUAGCGCAAUGACGCACGGCAUGUUCGGCAAGACGCUCAUGGCAGCCGGCCUGACCCGUAUCAUCGAGAUUGCCUUUGUCCUCGGGGACAAGCAGUCCGUCGCGGACGAUGGCCGCUCCUGGAACAGCUUUCAGUACAUGCCCGUAUUCCUUUUGUAUGCCGCGGGUUUCCUGUUCAUGGGGGCAACGGAGGAGCAGAUGGCCCUCGUAGACGCGUCGGCUCUGGACGGCGUGUCGUACAUCCUAAUUCUCUACUCUCUCGCCUUUCUCGUCUUCUUGUUCACCAACAUGCUCGUCCAUCUCUACGAUCGCCUUGCGAAUGCCGAUGACCCCACCAAGGACUACGCCAACCGGCACGCAGUUGCAGAACAAGGUCGGCUUCGAGACGCCGAAGAGUUUGAGCUGGACGGAUUGACGAGCGACGACGAGGGUGACGAGAGACGGCGGAUGCUGAGGAGUAGUGAGGACCGUUCGAGCCUCGACACUCCAAGCACCCUCGGCAAGAAUAAUGAGUCGUCGGUAUAG